CGAGUUUUUAAACGCUGCAACAAAUAAUGGUGACUUUUAUUACGGGAGUCGGUAGCAAUUUUAUGGCCCACUGGUUUCGCAAUGAGGCUGAUGGCCAGCAACAUUACUCGAGUAUUUGGCUUCUGCUACCAAUUGGUUCGAUAUUUAUUACUGCGUUAGUUAUUUUACUAAUGGUACUAUUUAAUCGAUGUCCACGAUUCAUUGCAACAACAGUAACCGGAAUAUUUGGUAUGAUUAUAAUAUUUGUAGUUCUUAUAGUCGUAAAUCAAAGAUCUGUUUAUAUAUAAAAUAAAAAUAUCAAUAACAAUAAUAAAUGUA